UUCAAAUGAAAUAAUAUACUAAUCUAUUUUUCAGAGUCAGCUUGGGCAAUGUCGAAAAUUAAUUGAAGAGGGCGAAAAAGAAAUAGUGAUUCAUGGUCUAGGAGCAGCUUUGCCUCAAGCCAUAAAUCUAGCUCUUCAACUCCAGGAUUGGUCUCAUAAUACGUGGUGCCUGUCGACUGCAACUGAGACUGUGGACGUCGUUGAUGAUUUGGAGCCGUUGAGUGAUGAUGUUGACUUCGACACAAGGGUGAGACCCAACUCGUGUAUCCACAUAAAACUUGUGAAGAAACUCUAAAAUGUUCUUCUCCCUGAAGGAGCUGAUACAGUGGCUCGGACUCACGGUGUUCGAAAUAUGGAUAGACCUUAUUGCUAUUUUGAUUUUCACUGUUCUGAUGGCUAUCAAACUGGAGGAGCAGGACACCACCCUGACCUGGUGGAUAGUGUUUGCUCCACUCUUCACGGCCGAUGCCUUGAAUGCAUACUUCUGCACAAUAGUUCUCAUCCGAAUGUAUCUUGAGAGUAUGUACAAGGCUGCAUUUUUUAGAGCGUUAUGGUCUUUCUCGUUCUUGAGUCUCAUUUUUCUUUUCCAGUUUCUGCUUUGUAAGAAGCUGUCUGGUUUGAAUGCAUAUGAUUAUUCAGAGAUAUUUACUCCAAUAUUCAUACUUCUCAUGCUAAUGGCGGUUAGAACGUGCCAGCUUCAUUAAUGUACAUUGAUAUUUUGUAGGCAAAUACUAAUUAAUCCUAACAUAAUCAAAUAUUGGAAUAAAAAAAUGAAUAUUCUGAA